UUUGAGUGUAGCAAAGGCGCCAGUUUCAUAAAUUUGGAACAAACUUUUGCUGAGAGUCUGAAACUCGAAAAUGCCUGUGAGAAGAUCCCUGCACAUGGACAAUGCCCAUCAUCGUCCAGCUUCCAAAAUACCAGUUCCUGCAAGAAACCAUGCAACUCUGACUCGGACUGCAGCUUCUCAAGCAGCAACAGGCAAGACCAAAGUCACUGCACAUGAAGAAGAGGUCCCACAGACAGAACUGGAAAGAUUGGACGCCUUGCGAUCGAAACUGGAACAAUCAGCAGAUGCAUUCAUCAGGGCCAGGAAAGAGCUGGAGGAGAUAUUCUCAGCAGAGGGCAGCAGCGAACAAGGACAUUCCCUCACUGGAUCUUCAGCUGACCUGAAGACUGAGCUACAGAGACACAGAGAGCUGACAUCCAGAGUAGAGUCAUCUUUAAAAGGAAAUAAAGACCCCAACAAUCACCAUCAAGGUCCUGUGAAGAUGGGCAGCUCCUGCGAGUUUCUCAAGUCCAUUAUGGGCUGAGGUUUUUGUUGGCGAGGCAUCUCGGCUGUUGACAGCUAAUGGAAUUGCUCUUCACUUCUUGUGCGUAUGAUCCCAUGGAGAUAAGGCAGGAGAUGAAUGUGGAAUCUGUGCUGUCAGUUGUGAGGCUGAGAUGUCUUGGAAGCCGUCAUUCAUUUGCGGGAGAAGUGUCUGAAACGGUAGGAGCAAAUUCUCUGACAUGUUAGACCCCGUCUACCCUCCGGAGCCUCCUGCCUGGCAGCUGACAAAUGUUGAUUCUACAUUAACCACAAUGCUGCAACGCUGUGCAAAUAAUGUUCUUUCAUACAGCAACCCUCAUCCCCUUUAUGGCUAAAACUAUGCAAUCCUCCCCACCUGUGCAGCUUAACACCUUUGAAAAGUAAAGGUGGGAGGUGGUGGGGGGGGUGCAAACUGUCUUACACAACACAGUAGUCUCUUUAUUUGGCAGCGCCUGAGAAGGCCGAGGCCUCUCACUGCCCGAGUCGACCUAAGCAACAGCUGGUGUUCACAGCAACAUUUCCUAUUUCUGCCUAAGGUGGAUCGUGUAACUCUCACUUUAUCACCCUUAGAGGCCACAUGAAGGACAAAGCCAGUACGCCCAUAAACAAAACUAAUGUUUUGAUACAAGCCCCUUAGGAGGUUGAUAGAAGGAUCCACAGUGUUUUUAAAUACCCCCUUCCCACUCCUGUUACAGCACAUCUGCAUCUUACCUAUAGCAAUGGCUUCCAAAGCUAUAGGUUGGGAUCUAAAACCGUUAUCUCCUCUUCUGACAAGAGUAAUGAUGUGCAUUCAGAAUCUGUGGCUCCUUUAGGUUUAGAGAGCUACAGGAAGUGCAGAUAUGUAUCCUGGAUUACUAGUCCAAAGUGAAAUGGUGACAGGCCUUAUUUUUACUGUAGCUUGAAAAUGGAAAAGACUCACUCUUUGGUGUAUCAUUAUUUAGCUAUUUAGUUUUUGUAAACACCAGGAGCAUCACAGCCGUGUGAUGUAGCUUUUAUAUUUACACAUAUAUAUAUGUACAUUUGCAAGCCAAGUCUGUCUCAAAUUAGUUUUAGUGUAACAGUGUAAACACAGCCAGACAAAACCGUUUGUUCGCAUCAAUGAGUAUUCUGUUUUGUUGCUUUAUUAUUACGGUUAAUGACUGGGAAUAUGAUGGCACAUACAGCAGUGUAUUAACCUUGUUUAUCUGUCUAUUAGCAAUAGCAAUUUAAUUAUUUUUUUCAGUUAACCAGUUGCUCAGACUGAUGUCUUUUAAUAGCUUGUUUUGUCCGACCAACAAUCAAAAAUCUAAAGAUAUUCUCUCAAAAUGACAUAAAAGAGAGAAACACAAAAGCAGCAAAUCCUCACAUUUGAGAAGCUGGGACAAGCUCCCUUCGGACAUUUAACUUGCUGAUAAAUCGACUAUCAAAAUUGUUGCCGAUGAACUUUCCAUUAAUAAAACAGCACAGGUUCCAUCCAGUGACUUUUCUGCAGCUCUCACUCUAUACUCACUAUCACAGCAGAUGAGUUGCUGUUUGUUGGGUGAUAAAAUGUUCUUUUAAUAGAUUAUUCAACUAAUCUUUUAAGCACUAUUUGAUAUUAAUAAAAGAUAAUAAAUUAUAUUUUUUAAUAUGUACAUUUUUAAUAUUUUACUUCAGCUUUAUUUGUUGUUUACCUGCAUUUCAUUACCCAUUUCAGAGGUGGGAAGUGUUAAAUUCUCAUUUUCCCUCACAUCUUUGUAAAUGAAUUGGCAUUAUGUUAUAUAAACAUGUGUAAUAAAAGAACAAACCAGUGCCUUUCACGCCACCUCUAAUUGGCCCCUUGUGUUUCAUGUCCCAUUGUAGCACCAGUUAACUCAGACCUUGGGCUCCUAUUUGUCCCUAUGGCCCAUUAGUGGCUGCCGGCCCAGAGCCUCAGAUGCACAGGCAACCCUCACUGACCUGAUAACAUUUAUAGUUGUAAUGGAUUUUUUUAUGCCUGUCAUUAACUUGCUCAGAGAUUGGAGAAAGAAAUAGCUUGUACCUUUUUCUGUGGUAUUUCAACUUUAUAGCAUUAUGUUCAGAUAUGUCACCUUCCAUCAUCUCUUUUUAAGGCCUCUCCUGUCACUGGUUUUGUUUUAAAUGUACAGGUCUUUUGUGCAGGACCCUUGUAGUAUCCGGGACUUGUAAUUAAUAUUUAAUGAUGUUGAGUAAAAGCUUUGAAAGAUAUAA